AUGAUAUUAUGCACCGCUUUAGGUCCAUACAUACUUAACAUUCGACGUCUCUUCAAAGAUACCGACAUGACCUAAACCAUCUUUCACCCUAACAAGUGAUCCCAUAUCUCCAAAAAAUCCUCAACCAUGAAACCAUGACAUCUCGAUCAAGCACAACCACCACCACCACCACCUCAACUCCCCCAGUAACACUCCCAGCAUCAACCCAUCUCGACCCACGAGCCUACGUUCGUGGUCAUCAUGGAAUCACUCUCGGCGAACAGACGGUGAUCCAUCCACGAGCACAUUUAAUCGCCAUCCACGGCCCCGUCAUCAUUGGCGACAGGUGUAUCAUCUACGAGAAUUGUGUGAUUGGUGGACCCGUACCGUCAGCCUCUACUGGCACGACAUCAACAUCGACAUCGGGUGCUAGUCGUGCUCUUCCGUCGUCAGCGUCAAUUGGGACUUCACGUCCUAACAAGGGUGACGAAAACGACCAAGAUGAGCCCAAUAACCACGACGAUGACAAGGACGAUGAAGAUGAUGUUGAUGAAGCUGACCCAGUGAAAACCGUCAUCGGGUCAAAUGUGCAUUUGCAUGCGAAUGUACAUGUUCUGGCGGGGGCGAGAAUCGGUGAUGCCGCCAUAGUAGAGGCAAAUGUCACCAUUCAGAAAGAUGUCACGGUUGGGGCGCAUUCAAAGGUUACUCCUGGCGUCGUUGUAGAUAGGAAUGUUCCUGACUGGACGGUCGUGCUGAGUGAUGGCCGAUGGAGGUCUCGUAAACCGAUGUUGACUUUGGGAGGAAUAGAUGUCGAGGUCACGAGCAGUCAUGAUGGAAAGGACUCAGCAGAGUUGGUCGAACAAGUGCGGUUAAAGGCCAUGGACAAAGAAAGAGACGGGUCUGGCGUGGUCUUGCGUACAGCUCAACGCCAUGCCAGUUCAACAAGAAGAAAAUGA